AUGGAGACCCGUCAGAAGCGAGACGGCACUGUGAAUGUUCGCGAGACUGUGAAAUUUUCGGCGGAACAAAAACGAGCGAUCCUCCUCUACCACUUUCGGAGCGGUUUGAAACCGCAACAGGCGUUCGAAGAGAUGAAGAAGAACAUCGGGGAUGAUGCUCCAGGCACUACCAUGGUCUUCAAGUGGUUUCAACGAUUCGAAGUUGGUCAUUUUGAAGUCACCGAUGAUCCACGAAGUGGGCGUCCAAGAACUUCGACAGACGACGGAAUGGUUGCUGCCGUGGCAAAAUUCCUGGAAGAACCCUCUGCGACCACAAAACGACUUGCCGACGUCUUUCAAGUCUCAAAAACGUCGAUUUCGUCCAUUCUUCAUGACCAACUUGACUACUCAAAGAAAUCUGCUCGUUGGGUUCCACGUCUUCUGAAACCGGAGGAGAAGGAGGCCAGCGUGAACUUCUGCAAGAAGUUCCUGGAGGAUUUUGAAGACGGAAAUUCGCCAAACUUCAGGAAGAUAAUCACUGUUGAUAAUCUCUUCGAACGCCAGUUGCGGUUUCAAACCGCUCCGAAAAUGAAUGGGAUGGAAGGAGAUAGAAUGGGAUGGAAGGAGAUAGCAUGCUACUCUCUGUGGUCCAUCCUUUCCUAUGCCCUUGCCACGGUCUUCAUUCAAGAAUUUAUUCAUGACCCUCAUCAACACGUACCCGAAAGUGAACACGGAGAGAGUGGGAAGGAUAUCAGUACCCCAAACGUGUCCACUUCAUUCUGGUGCUAUGGAGACACCCAAGAUAACCGCCAGUGCACCUUCAAGAACCUGUGUUUCAACCCCCGAAGAAAAUUUAUUGCCUUCCUUGGACGCGAGUCCACGUUCCUGGGUCUGGGAUCAUCCCAGACCCUGGAAAUGGACCUGGGUUCUUUCUCUGGCCACAAUGUCUUUCAUUUUGGCUAUUCCACGCUGAGGACAGAGAGAUGGGGCUCCAUAAGGAAGGAAUUCCGGGACGUGGAAUGGAUCGAGACCCCAGUGAAAAUUGCGGCUCGUCUCCUCCCUGUCAACCUACAGCAUUCCUUCCACGACGAUAUCAUCCCGUUAUAUUUUACAUUAGAAAGCAUCUGUGCUGGGGAUGUGGACGCUUUUCGUCGCACUUUCGGCUUCGUCUUCAUCGACGACCAACCCCCGGUGACGACAGGGGAUUUUCACCCAUUCCUCUCGAACCAGGAAGCCGGUUUCGGUAUCUUCAUGAGAGGAGAUUGCUUGUAUUGUUUCAAGUCGGGUCACAUCGGCUUGGAGAAAUGGGUGGGAUGGUACGACGUGGGGCUCAAACGACGACAUCCCCAAGCACCCAUUUCUACCACGAGACUCAACGCUGGACAUCUCCGUCGAUUUUCCAGCUACCUCAUGGAUCGGAUGUGCGCCACCAAAUACCCCAGUGUCUGUGACGGGUGUGGAAGACAUCCCCAAUGGGACAUCCUCUUCCUGGCUCGUAGGGGAAAUCGUAUCAUCCUCAACGAAGCCCAAGUUCUGGAACGUUUGGUCCUGGUCUUUGAACAGACCUUCAUAGUCAACGCCUCGUGGACGAGCAUGAGCCUCGAAGAGAAUUCUCUGCACGAGAUCAUCUGUGCAGUUUCUCGUGCCAAGGUGGUGUUGGGUGUCCAUGGUGCCCUUCUCGCCAUGACGGUCUUUAUGAAGCCUGGGUCUGGUCUCAUCGAGCUCUUCCCCUACGCCCUGAACCCCGACAAUUACACUCCAUAUAAGACCCUAGCUGGGCUACCUGGAAGGAGGGUGUCCUAUCGUGCGUGGUCAAACCAGAACCCCGAACAUACGGUUACUCACCCAGGACGAGAACCCUCUCGAGGUGGAAUCGUCCAUCUUUCGGAGGAGGAACAGGAAGAAGUACGGAAUUCCACUCUUGUCCCACCUGCAUUGUGUUGCAUGGACCCUAAGUUUUUGUAUCGGAUCUACCAGGACACUCAUGUGGACCUUGAAUCAAUCGAGGUCACACUCAGAUCACUUCUGAGCGAAAUGACCUGGAAUCGAUCAGAGAUCGAUCGAUCAGGACGAGAAGAUGCGGCAACAAACUUGCCUUUAUUACCCGCGGAAGUGAGGGACCUGAAAUGGUCCCGACAAGGAGACGAUGUGGUGCUCACCUGGUCCCCACCUUGGAAUCUAGGUUACCUGGGAUUAUUUUGGGAUGGUGAGGUCAAGAUCAAAUAUUUGGUAACCGUCCUUCAAGGGAAUUUGGAGUUGAGGAGCGAAGCGAACGACACUGACAUUCGUCUCGAGUCGACGACGACGGUGAUCAGCUUGGCGGACUUGUUUGGGAAGAGCGAAGACGAAGAGCAGGAAGACCACAGCGACCUCUAUGAAAUCCAAGAGGUUCUUCAAAAUCUAAUCCAAUCGACGCACGUCCUGUUUACGGUCUCGUGCCUGUUUCCUCUUCUCUUGAUGCAAUCGGGCUUCGGGUUCUUGGAAGCAGGAGCCGUGCGGAUCAAGAAUGCCACCACGGUCCUCAUCAAGAAUGUCCUCAACACCGGUACUGGAGUCCUGAGUUACUGGCUGCUCGGACACGGGUUCGCCUUGGGGAGCGGGAGUCCAUUUUUCGGUCUAUCUGGAUUCGCAUUCGUCUCGGCUGCGAAGAGUCAACGGCUGUUCCACAUUGGUGUCGCGGUCACGUGUUCGUCCAUCGUCUCGGCCGCUCUCGCCGAGCGAACCAAAUUCACUUCGCUUUUCUUCUAUACGCCUCUCCUCUCCGGUAAGACGCAUCGUCGGGAACGCGUCGUCGAAGAGGGAAAAUCCUGCGACGGGUUCUUUCUCUGCAGGUUUCAUCUUCCCCAUCGUGAGCCAUUGGGCGUGGCAUCCCGAGGGCUGGUUGUAUCACACGGCGCAUCACGAUUCCGCGGGGAGCGGAUGUCUCCAUUGUACGGCCGGAGCCGUCGCAUUGGCCGGGACUUUGAUCAUCGGGCCGCGGCUGGGAAGAUUCCAUCCCCGGACCGGCAGAGUCCAACACAUCCCCGGUCAUUCUUUGCCCGUAAAUUCGUUUUCUACCUUCCUCGUUUCCUCGUAUUUCUCGUCUCGUUCACGAGAGAAGUCAAAAUAAAAAUCCUUCAGUUGGCUGCGCUGGGCGGCGCCAUUUUGACGAUGGGGCUCAUGUUCCUGAACGGUGGUCUUCAGGUGAAACCAGAGCAAGCAUCCAACGCCAUCCUGAAUUCGCUCUUGGCUGCAAGUUCUGGCUCCCUCACGGCUUCCAUCGUUCUCCGGUCGGGUGUAUUGAGUCGAUUGGUCCCUGUCUGUUCCUGGAGUUUCAUCGUCUCCCUCAACGGUGCCCUCACGGCCACGGUUUCCGUGGCAGGUGCAUGCGAGUCGAUGCCCUCGUGGGCUGCCGUCACCGUCGGGACCGUCUCCGGCAUUCUUUACGUCAUGCUCCACUUCUUGAUCCUUCGACUGAAAGUGGACGACCCCCUGGAUGUGGUAGCAGUUCACCUUGGCGGGGGUUUCUGGGGUCUCAUCGCCUCCGGACUGUUCAGCUCCAAAGGGCUUUUCACAUCCGGACAACCCGACGUGAGUCCAUCCAUCCAUCUCUCAUCGCUCUCGCCGUUCGUCACCGAUCGACCUGCCCUUGGAGGUCUCCUCUUCUUCGUCUUGCAUCAUUUCCAGCUCCUUCGCAUAGAUCCCGCCGUCGAAACCAAAGGGUUGGAUCGAGUGGAGCGGAGUGAACCUGCUUAUCAGAAGGAUACCAUGCCAGGACUGAAGAGAAAAAUUUCCUCCUGCACCAGCAUCCGCAGUCUCAGUCCAGUAACCACGGCAUCCACGGAUCUCAGCAGUCUGGCCAAUGAGACAAGCGGGGAUACGAACGCCGGGAACCACUUUGAGUCCCUCAGGAUCCGUCCGCGAGUUCUUCCUCAUGUCAACUUCAUUCUCAGUGAAGCCAAUCAAGAAGCCCAUUCAUGA